UACUGAAAAUUAAUGAUGAGGUUGGUUUACUUCGCCACGGCGGUUACCCUCAGCCUAUUGCUGGGCGGCCGAGUCCAUACUGCUGUUGCUCGCUAUGGGUUCGCGACCCGGGGGCUGGCGGGCUCAGGCCCUAUGGGCCAUGAGCCGGACCCGGAUUCCGACUGGGAGCCAGAGGAGAGGGAGUUGCAGGAGGUCGAGAGCACCCUGAAACGACAGAAAAAAGCAAUUCGAUUCCAGAAAAUUCGGAGGCAAAUGGAGGCGCCAGGUGCCCCGCCCAGAACUCUGACCUGGGAAGCCAUGGAGCAGAUAUGGUAUUUACAUAAGGAAUUUGCUGAGUCCUGGUCAGUUCCCAGGUUGGCUGAAGGUUUUGAUGUCAGCACCGAUGUUAUCCGAAGGGUUUUGAAAAGUAAAUUUUUACCCACUUUGGAACAGAAACUGAAGCAGGAUCAAAAAGUUCUUAAGAAAGCUGAGUUUGCCCACUCACUCCGGCAGCUCCAGGGCUCUAGAGAUACCGUUAAGCCACUUGCUGCAGGCCACUCUGUAUCAAACUCUUUUCUGAUGCCAGGGGAUGAAGCCUCAUCUGAAGGUCAGCUUCACAGCACAGCUUUGACAGUUAUAGAGUCAAAAACUCACAGUACAAAUGCUCUGAGACAAAAGGGAAGGAAUAAAGGAAUCCAGGGCUUGAAGAAGGAAAGCUUUGAGCCUAUCACUGCAGCCUUAGGUCAUCAGAGAGAGCUGCAAAAAUACUCCAAUGAUUGUGUAGGCACCAGAAGAACUGACAGUAAUGGAUUGCCAAGUGAUGAGAAACUGGAAAUGUUGAAGACAGGGGAGCUACGGAACCAGAACUUCAGCAGCAAAGUAGUGCAGAGGGGACGGGAGUUCUUUGACAGCAAUGGGAACUUCCUGUACAGAAUUUGAGUUGGGGCCCGGCUUGUGGAGAUGCCAUGUGAAACAGCUAGACUAAUAUAUUUGGAGCUGCCAAGAUUUCUGCAUGUGGAUAUCUACUUUGAAAUAGGAGGAAUUUGAUGAGCCUGGAAUAUGGACAGAAAGAGCUGCUUGGUUAUUCAAGCUUCUUGGAUCACUGCUCCCAGUCUGACCUGUGUAUCUUCAGUAUUCUCCUUUUUGCUUAACUUCUGUAUGUUGAAAAUCAGUAUUGUUUCUGUGAUACUUGCAAUAAUAUGUUUGGGAGGAAGUGAAAAGUUUGCUUUCUGACCUCAUUUCCUUCUUGAUCAUUGAACACUAACAGUUUUUGAGCUGCUUAGUAAAUUGGUUCUUUUAUUUUCCUUUGGUGCGAAAAUAAAAUGUAGCAGUUCGUGUUGAAAAAAAAAAAAAAGAAAAUUAAUGAUGAUGAUGAUGAUGAAGAUGUUGUUGUUGUUGUUGGAGUAACCCCAUCUUCAACCACAACCUAAAGAAUCUCAAGAAGCCCACUCACUGAUCCAACUCAGUUAUCCCUGACUGAGAGUGUCCCCGACAACCUGGAGGGGGCCUGAGGUGGGCAGGGCACAGUCUCUGCCCUUAAGAAAUCAGGAGACAUUUUCUUCCCAGCUCAUAGCGAGAUAAACAGCUUAGUUGCUAAGAGAAGAAUUACUUAGGCGUAGGGGCAGGAAGUGUUCCUGAGGGGGUCAUGUCCCUGGGUCUCCCUGCAUUGAGUACAGCUCCUUAGGAAAUGUGCACAGAGAUUAACCAUGGGAUGUGUGGGCAAGGGGUAGUCUGUGUAGCUAGGGGACCCAUGGGACUGCUCUGAUAAUUCUGAGGGUGCCUGAGUGGUGGGCACUGGACAUGGAGAACUAAAAGGAACAGAAAGAAACCUGAGAGCCAAAGCUCAGAGUCCAGGCCCAGGUCCAGGGCUGGGGGAUCAGUGGCAGAAAAGGAAAAGGAAGGAAGGAUUUGAUCACCCCCAUUAGACUCAGAGUUCUGGAAAUUAGAGGCCAGGCAGGGGCACAUGAAAGUCCCUCACUCCUCACCAAGCAUGCCCAUCCCUUUAAGAGAAGAAAAAUCUUGAUAAUUCUUGGAAAUAUGGAAGAACUCCAAGUAUAUGCAUCAAACUAACUACAUACAUUUCAAGUCAUAGUUCUGUUUGCACUCUUCAACUGUAUAAAGUGAUGGUUUUCCAAGAUAUCAUUUAAAACAUGAGGCAAUAUUUUGGAAUGAAAUUGACCAAAUUAUAUUGUGUGUGUGUGUGUGUGUGUGUGUGUGAAUGUGUACCAACAAAUCCCAUUAAUAUAUAUAAUAAAAAUUUAAAUAGGUUUUUUUUUUUAAUAUUUAGUUUUUAGAUUUAGGUGGAUACAAUAUCUUUAUUUUUAUGUGGUGCUGAGGAUUGAACCCAGUGCCUCAUGCAUGCUAGGUCAGAACUCUACCACUGACUACAACCCCAGCCCUUAAAUAGAUUUUUAAAGAGACCAAAAAAAAAAAAAAGGGAAAAA